AUGGGUAUAAUUCAUGUUUCUUAUCAAAACGGGUACCCUGAAAUUGCUCUCGAAAGUGAUCGAAAGCGAUUAUGUCAGUUUCAAAAGCAUGGCAGAGUGUCCAAGCGUCAAUACAACAGCGGUACACAUGGCAGUGAUAGCGAAACGAAUGGUGCUAAAGACGGCGAGGCAUUCAUGGUGAUGGACGACAUGACGCUUGGUCUGAAGAAGCCUUGUAUAUUAGAUUUAAAAAUGGGUGUCAGGCAACAUGGUGUCUAUGUCAGUGCCGGAAAAAUGGCAAGCCAAAAGUUCAAAUGCGAGCAAUCCACUAGCGGUAAAUUAGGUGUACGAGUGUGCGGUAUGCAGGUCUACCAACUGGACAAACAUGCCUACGAUGUUCAAGACAAGUACGUGGGUCGCACACUGACACCAGAAUCUUUCCGUGACACUGUAUAUCAUUUUCUUCAUAACGGCAUAAACUUGUUGAUCGAAUUUAUCCCAGUACUGAUUGAAAGACUCACCAACUUGUACAUCGAAGUCGAGAAAAUGAUUGGAUAUCGAUUCUAUGGAUCAAGCUUAUUGAUUGUAUAUGACGCAUUAAAUAAAUUGAAGAAAACCAAGACAUAA